GCCAGGGUGCAGCCAGUCGGCUUCGAUGCCUUCCAGACCCCGCUGGUGGGGCGGCGAGCCUCCCAUAUACCCUCUCCCCUACCCCUCGCCCCACGUCCGUCUCGGGGAGAGCCUGGAACUGUGCCGGGGCCACUUGGUAGGUCAGCGGGUCGCCUGUCUCUCAGCUGGUGCCUGGGCUUGCCGCGCGCUUCCACCUGCGGCUUGCACUGAUUGCCCUUCCACUGACGGGCGCCUCCUGUGUGUCGGUGCUGGCAGGCUCUUUCCUGUGAACAAAGCUCGUUCCAGGGCCAGAUCUCAGUCGUGGUCUUGGCUUACCUUUUUUUUUAAACACUCUCAGAGCACCAACCUCUCCGUAGGUUAUUUUAAAAUCAGGAUCUCACUAGUUGCCCAGGAUGGCCCCGAACUCACUCUAGCCCAGGCUGACCUUGAAUUUGAACUCCUGCCUCAGCCUCCCAAGUAGCUGAGCUCGCAGCCCUGCCUGUGCUACCAGGUCUGGCUCUCUGUAAUUUGUAUCCACUCUUAGACACAUAUGUGUGCUUCUCCCUGCGGUUAAAUUCUGUAAUGGCGGGGGCGAUGUCCUGAUAACUGCCUAGCUCCUGAUAUAAUGUCUGUACACAAUAAAUAGUAAAACAUCUGUGAAAAACAGGCCCUCUUCUGAUGAGCACUUUGACUCUGUGAGUAAUGGAGGUAUUUCAGCAGAGGAGUCUUCCAAGAGUGUGGACCCUGGAGGCAGACCUAUAAUCCCAGCACGCAGGUGGUGGAGGCAGGAGGAUCAGAUUGUUAAAGGCUAGCUCAAAGUAUGAGCCCCUGGCUCAAAUAAUGAAACCAAACCAAAAUCAACAGUGGCCGUCCAUAUUACCUCCCAAGCCACACAAGGUGGGACAAUUUGCAUAUUUUGUUUCUCUUCAUAUAUGAACUUACACUAUAGCAUGCUGUGAAGACAAAGUGAAUUGGGGCAUUAAAAUGGGUUGACAGUGCUGGAAUCCACUACAAAGGCUCAGUGUAUUGUUAAUUAUUAAAUGAUCAGCAGUAACAUUCUGACACAUAAUAACAUUUCAGAGCAGAUGCAUUAAUAGUAACAGCCUGCCUCCGCCAGUGGAGGAUUGCCCAGACGUGUCCUGGGGGUUUCCUCUUGGUUAGAAUGAUGGCUAGUUAACAGAGGGGGGCUUGCACCCCAGUUCAGUGCCUCCCACCUCUCCAUUGCCCUUCACCAUUUGCUGGGUGACCCCUAAGUCCAGGUUUUCUGAUCAGAGCAGUUACUGUCUAUCCUCAGGGACAACUUGCUUCUUCAGAUUUGUGUCCUAAGGCCUGGGAGUGGGGCCCUGAAACCCUGGAUGCCUCUCUCUAGACUUGCCUUUUGUGAGAGGAUGGGAAGGAGAGUCAAGGCCCUGGGUUUACUUUUAUUGAAUGUCCUUUUGGUAAAUUUCCACAGUGAACCUAUUCCGUAACCCAUUCCUUGUGAAAUGGGACUUGCCUCUUGCCUUGACUGUCUUCCUGGGACGGUUUUGAAACGUGGGUUUGUUAUUAUUCAGGUGUGGUUAGGACAACAGAACAGGAGAUAUUUGGGUUGGAAAGGCAGUUUGUUCCUACAGUUCUCCAGGGGUGGGGCGUGCCUUGCUGUGAAAGCCCGAGUCAGGAGGCAGAAAAAGCAAGGGGGAAUGGUAAAAACCUUGCCUCACCACGGCUGUGGUGCUGGAAGAGGGGACAGGGGAAGCUGCAGAAGCACAUUGCGUGUUUGCUUGUUUGGGUCACUUUGGUGCACUCUGGAGACGGGGAUUUCUCUGCUUGUUUGGUGCUGACCUUGAAGGGAUCAGAAUUGGAAAGUGAUGGUCUGGAGCUCGAGAGCUUGACUGAGAACUUGGGCAGAGGGGAUUCUGGGUCUGUUGGUUUUCAAUGAAAGGGACGCUCACACUGAGUUCUUCCUGCUGUGGGAACUGGGUAGCGCUGAGAGGAACUAUUUGUGUGAAAGCAUCGGAAUAAAAAGAUGUGUUUAACACACCAAGCAGAACUAGCUCCUCUAGCACCUCCGUGUUACUUUAUUGGCUCUUCCCAGGAGAGGGAAUGGGACAGCAGAAAAGUUCAGCUGCUGAGUAAAAUCUCACCGUGAUGGACCUGACAGGUUAUGAUUGUCUGACUCCGACACUGGCGCUUUUUGUGAGCUACAUCAUUUACCCGAGGUCUGCUAAAUGCUGUGGAAAUGUUUUUCAGUUUGUAUCAGGUCCCCGACAGUGUUGACCAGUGCUUCUUUGAAAUGCUUGUUGUGUAGUCAUGGACAAGACCAGUAGUUCCAUGAAGGUGUGUGUAUUAAUUUAUGUACUUAUUUUAUUUAUGUGUGUCUGUGUGCAUUUAUGUGCACUGUGUGCAUUCUAGUCCCUGGAACUGGAGUUAAAGGUGGUUGUGAGCCACUAUAUGGGUACUGGGAGCUGAACCUGGGUUCUCUGUAAGAGCAGUAAGUGUGCUUAACCACUGAACCAUCUCCAGCUAACCCUUUCCACCCAGGAAAGUGUUUUUUGUUUUGUUUGUUUGUUUGUUUUUUGACAAAAAGUGAAGAGCUUUGAGGGAAAUGCAGUUCCCUUUAACCUUGUCUCUUACAACUCCUUGACUGAGAGUUCUCAACACUGAUACAUCUCAGGAUCCUUUGUGGACUGUGUCACAGAUGGAGUUAUUGGGAUCUGAUUUAGGUGCAUCUGACUAAGCUAGAAGUCAUCCCAUUCGCAUAGUGGGAUGAGUACGUUAAAAGAGGGCUUCCUGAGAGGUUUUUGUUUUAAAAAACCGAGCCAGAGGCACAUGGAGGGAACAUACAUAGCAUUCUUACUAAUUGUAGAUCCAGCUGACAGCCAGAAUCGAUUGCUAACUAGUGGGUGAUGCAUUGUGGAAACCCAGUCUGGCCCAUAACAUUUUUUUUUUUAAAGAUUCAUUUAUUUUUCAUUCAUGUACAUCUUCUGUGCACUAAGUGUUUGCAGAGCCCUUGGAAGCCAAAAGUGGGCAUUGGAUCUUCUGGAACUGAAGUUACAGACUGCUGUCAGCUGGAUCUACUGUUAGGUGCUGGACUUGAUUCCAGAUCCUUUGGAGGAGCAGCCAGUGCUCUUAACCCCUAAGCCAUCCCUCCUGUCUCCCAAGCACAGUCUUGAUAGCACGUUACAAUCACAUUAGGUAUCAAAAGUCAAAACCAAUAGCUGACCCUGAUCAGUAAACACUGCUGUGAGCACAAGUUGGUCAGAGGAAUAUAAUCAUCUUUUCGAUUUGUGAAGACCACAAAUGUGGAUAACAGACUGGUGGGGACUGAGGGAGUUUGGGCAACGCAGGUGGUAAGGUGUGUGGUUUGCACAUAGAAUAGUCAAAUAGGGUGAUGGCUAGAUUUGGAAGGGCAGACUCUAGAGGGAGGGAAUAAGCCAGUAGGGCUUAAUUUGACUAGAAGGAAGGGGUUACAGAGGACUGUUAGAGAUGUGUUGGUUACUGACCACACAGCCAGAUGGACAUUCCUGUCUACUGAAGACAGCCCCCGUUCACUCCCUGCAAGACACAGUUUUUCUGCAUAGCCCUGGCUGUCCUGGAACUCCUUCUGUAGACCAGGCUGGCCUUGAACUCACAGAGAUCUGCCUGCCUCUGCCUCCUGCACUGGGAUUAAAGGCGUGUGCCACCACUGCCUCCCAGCCUGAAUAUAGGUUUAAGCUGGCAAGAAUCAUGAAUUGGUUACCUCAUGAUCUUAUGAGAUAUUUUAUGAGGUAUAAUAUUAUGAUUUAUGCUGCAUCUAAAGUCCUUUUGAGAGUUUCAAGAGAAUUCAUGAUGAGAAUGAGCAACUGUAGGCAACUAGAUCUAGAGAUCCGGUGAUGGAUAUUAGCAGAAAGUGAGGGUAUGGAAGUCUUGAGGGAUGUGGAGAGGGCCAGUAAAAGGAAAUGCUAGGACUGAUUUUAUGGGAGGCACUGGAAAGGAACUGGAGGAGCAGAAACAAUUCUUUGUGAUUAUAACUAAGUUCCCCUCAGCCACACAAGCCUGAAAGACAAGUUGUUUGGGCACAGUAUUUAUAAUAAAAUUGAGUGAGGGCUGAUGAGGUGGCUCAGGGCUUAUAUUGCUCUUGCAGAGGACCUGAGUUUACUUUCUAGCAUUUAUGUUGGCUGAUUGUCGCAGCUGCCUGUAAUUCCAGCUCCAGGGAAUCAAAUAUCCUUUUCUAGCCACUGUGGGCACUGCAUGCAUGAGUGCAAACCCAUACGUAGAUGCACAUCCAUAUAUAUAAUUAAAAAUAGAUCAUACAUAGACGCACACACACAUAUAUAUAAAAUUAAAAAUAGAUUAUGAAAAAGAAAUUUUAAAAAUUGAGUAAUCUCAGGACACUGGAAUUGAAAAGCUAGAGAUGUAACAGACCGAUGAUCACUAAGUGAAGAACACACAUCCGUGUGCAGCCCUGGCACAUGCUGUGACAUGCCAUAAACGGAUGUGAUGGCAUGGCACAUAUCAUUUGUUUCCCUCUUUGUUUAUAUUUUAGUUUAUUUGGGGUGUGUGUAUAGAUGAGAGGAAACCAUCCAAGGAUUCUCCUUUACUCUUUGUGUUCCAGGUCAUCUGGCUUGGUGGCAAGUGUCUACUGUGCCAUCUUGUCCUUCCAUUCCGUCCCCCCGCCCCCCAGACAAGGGGCUCUUUGGAUCCACCUCCUCUCUGCCUCAGCUAGGUAGUCUUUUCAGAUUGUCUUGCCCAGGAUGUUCAGAGAGGCCACAGCCUUGGCCUGUCAUGCUGCAAAAGGACAAAAUGGACUCAGUGUUGUGAAAGUUGAAGAAGAAAAUGUUUGGAGGCAGGACUUCAGUCUUCAGGGAAACCUCCAGAGCCAGGAGGCUUUCCGCCAGCAGUUCAGACAGUUUGGCUACUCUGACUUCACUGGGCCCCGGGAGGCUCUGAACCAACUGCAGAAGCUCUGCCAGCAGUGGCUGAGGCCAGAGGAGCACUCCAAGGAGCAGAUCGUGGAGCUGCUGGUGCUGGAGCAGUUUGUGGCCAUCCUGCCUGUGGAGCUGCAGGCCUGGGUGCAAGAGCACAGACCUGGAAACGGAGAGGAGGCUGUAACUCUGCUGGAGGAGCUGGAGAGAGAAUUUGAUGAACCUAAACAACAGGACACAGCUCAUGGCCAUGAAGUGAUCUGCAAAGAAAUGACACUCAUGGGAACACAGAAGUCUCCAAGUAGCCCACUGCAGUCCCUGGAGAACCAUUGCAGGAGUGAGCCCCAGGAGCCCCGGGUUUUCCAGGAGCGAGAUGAGGCAACCCUACCAUUUAGGGUUGAGGAAGGAGAUAGCAAGAUGGUGGCUGACAAAGUAUCGACAGCAAAGCAAGAAAUUGUUGAAUGUGUUCCAGCAGUGGCCAUGGCAUCUCCAGGAAGACUUCCUAGGGCAGCUUCUCCAGUACAGACAGCUGAAGAAACUCUGCGAUGUCUGGACAUCAAUGAGAAGCAAAGAGGAAGUGAUACAAGCAAUGAAACGAGUCCACUUUCCUCCCAGGAAAGCUAUCUCAGUCUGGCAGCCUUUACCAAGAAACCUUCCACAGAACAGAACACCUUGGAGUGUAAUGAAGGGGAAGGACUUCUCAGUCUAAACUUACAUGGUACUACACAGCCCAGAACUCCCACAGGGAAACUGCUCUAUGAAUGCUUGGAUUGUGGGAAAGCUUUCUGCCAUAGGUCAAAGCUGAUUAGACAUCAAAGAAGUCACACUGGAGAGAGACCUUACGCAUGUAAAGAAUGUGGAAAAGCCUUUGGUUUCAGAACAGAUCUUGUUAGACAUCAGAGAAUUCACAGUGGUGAAAAACCCUAUAAAUGUUCUGACUGUGGAAAAGCUUUCAGGGGCAGCUCAGGGCUUAUUAGGCAUAGGAGAAUUCAUACUGGAGAGAAACCUUAUGGUUGUGAUGAAUGUGGGAAAGCCUUCAGCCAGAGCUCUACUCUUAUUCAGCAUAAGAAGAUUCACAGUGGAGACAAAGGCUAUGAAUGUACUGAAUGUGGUAAAGCUUUUAGGAGAAGUUCUGUUCUUAUGGAACAUCAAAGAAUCCAUACUGGCGAGAAACCUUAUGAAUGUAAUGAAUGUGAAAAAUCCUUUAAUCAAAGCUCAGCACUCACCCAGCACCAGAGAACCCACUCUGGGGAAAAACCUUAUGGAUGUUAUGAAUGUAGGAAAAUAUUUAGGCACAGGUCAGGCCUUAUGCAGCAUCAGAGAACACACACCAGAGUUCAACUCUGUGGGUAAGAGUUGUGUAAUUGUGAAAUGCAGGGAAUUCACUUUGAAGGUUAGACUCCACAAAAAAAUAGAAGUUUCCUGACUGCAGGACUUUUGUCUUUCUAGCCCAGUUCAGUUCUGUAAAGAAAUUCAUACAAAAAUGCUUCUGUAUCUAGAUCUUGUCUAUGAAGAAUGGUAGAAAGACUGACCCAUUUCUGAAUGAGGACUCUCACCAAUCUGCUGUUCAUCCCAUUCCUCACUACAGAUGAACUGUCUUUGCGCACCUUCAUGUAAGUCCAUGACUGAGACACAGAUCCUGCAAGAUCUCCUUGUAAGGUGGCAAAGAUCACUGUUCAGCAAAGUGUUUGUGUCUGACGGGAGUAGGCAUGUUUUAAGAGUUACUGAACUCUGAAAUGUUGAGUUGAGGCUAUGAAAUGUCAUGUCCUGAAUCAGUUUAAUAUCUGAGGGAUGGAAGCUCAUUCUGCCCCUUGCCAGUUCUUUCCACCCUGAGUUUCCUGUUGCAGUGUGCACCCUUAUUUGGUACCCCCUGGGCUUAGCUACUGGAAGAACAGACUUGGUCACUGCACUCUCAAAAUAAAGGGCUAAUGGAAUAUACAGAUUUAUUAGACAAGUUAUUACGGUAAGAGUGUGCCAAUAAUUGCCAGAUGAAUUCAGUGUUCUGUUGGAAGACAUUUCAGAAAUGCUUUACCUGAUCUACGAGGUAACUAAAGAUUUCCUGGGUGUGAUAUCUCAUUUGAGACCUAAGAUACAGAGGUUGCCUGGCUAUUGGCAGAACAGAAGCAGAGUUUUUCAUACAUACAUGGCAUGAUGAGGAGAGGGUCUGGAGACAUUCCUGUUUCUUGACUUCAAUUCCUGCUGAAGUUUUCUUUGACCCCAGUUCAGAAGCUAGGUGGGUUUCUUUUCCUGUUUGUAAUAGCCUGAGUUGGAUACCUUGUUUUAGGUCACAAGACCUGUAUGAUCUAGAUGUAUUCAAAAUUAGCAUGGUAAAAGAAACCCCUGGUGUUUGUAAAGUCAUACAUGUACACCAAGGAAACAGCAUAAAUUGGAAGCUGAGGGGCACUGAAAUCUGGAGUCUCCUCAGCAUUGGGUUUGCAGAUGAUAAGCCACUUGAGUGAAGUACAUAUGAAUCAGUCUUUCAGACUCUACAAAAACUUCCUUGAUUUUAAUUUGGCAGUUUUAGUUAACCCACAAUUGCUGAAGGUAAUUUUUACUUAGGAAAAUGCAGAAUUGGCGAUAAUAGCUAUUGUGAAUAGGGGAGGUAGGACUGGAUGUGGUUUUCGCUUCCAAAGGUUGUACAAUUAUCAUUUAAGCUCUAAUUUAAAGGGAUAAUUCAAAUGGACAGUGAAUUGCCUUUUCUUAUAGAUGACAAGUGAAUGCAUCAAUGUUUUAAAUAUCAUUUAACCCUUCUUCUAAUUGUGAGUGUUGAGAAGUAUAAAUCAAUAGUCCUAUUACCCAUAACAAAACUAACUUCUGAACUACUUCCUAUUAGUAAUCCUAGUAUCUUUGGUAAAAAUCUUUAGUAUAAAUUUUUGCUGAUUUUAAUAUUUAUAUGUUCAAUAUGCACUCCAGUUGCUUAGUAUCAGUAUGUAAUGGAAUGUAUUGUAAUAAAACUGAAAUUUUAAAGUUU